AUGGUUCUACCCAGGAAGACCCUCCGCGUGUCCCAUCUGGGCGGGGUCCAGGUGGGCUAUCGUCCUUCGCAGGAAAUCUUGGACCGUUCGAAGCCUACUCUUGUCUUGUUCAAUCCAUUCACCGUCACUGCCGACUAUUAUCUACCUGAGUUUGAGAAUGAAGCUCUCCUUCAGGCAGCUAACCUCAUCGCCAUCGAACCCCUGGGGCAUGGGCACACUUUCCCCAAGAAGGCAGAAACCUGGACCUACUGGGAUACUGCCAUCAUAACUCUCCAAGCCCUGGACCAACUCGGCGUUGAGCAAGUAUUUGCCGCGGGGACAUCUCAGGGCGGGUGGAUCGCCGCAAGAAUGGCACUGCUGGCACCAGAGAGGAUUCAAGGCAUCAUCGCGAUCGGAUCAUCCAUGGACUCUGAGUCGCCCCGAAGCCGUGAACUGGGCUGCUGGGACGGCCCCGGAGCGACGUCAGGUCUUGUGACAUUGGCUGGCCAUCUCGCUCCCGCCCACGACUUCGAACCCGGGAGCGGAUAUUGCGACUUCCUGAUGGACAUUGGGUUCGGCAAGACGGUCGACCAAAAGACCAAGGACUUUUGGUCCGAGGCCAUCAAGCACAACUACAGCGGAGACACUGGCAAGAGAAGGAUCUGUCAGGCCGCAGUUAACCUUGCCGGCCGAGACGGAUUGCACGAGCGGCUGCCCUAUGUCCGCUGUCCCGUCCUGUGGUUACAUGGCACGGAGGAUGUGGUGUUCAGCAUCAAGAACGCGGAGGAAGAGAUCAAGCUAUUCACCAAUGCAGCAGAAGCCAGAUUGGUCAAGUUUUCCGGAGGAGUUCAUUUUCUGAGCUGGACACACAAGGAAGAGGUCGCUCGGGAACUGGUGGGCUUUAUCAGUAAAUGGGGCAAGGCUGGUGAGGCUCCAAGAGCAUCCUUGUAA